AUGAAUGUUCACAUCAGCAUUGUAUUUGGUUAUCGUCAAGAACUUAAAUCUAUUAAUAUUCAUUCGAAUAAUGCCGAUAGUAAAGAUUUGAUUGCGUCGAUUGAAUUACUACUUGAAAUAAAACCUAAAAAUGAAGAAGUUAAUAUUUUGUCAGAUUCAGUUAUUCUUGAUUUGAAUAAUGUUACUGAAUUUCAAAAAGAGAUAAUUAUACAUCAAAUAAUUGGUAUUUUAACAUGA